AUGUGGAAUGCCUUGAUCCGCACUCAUCAUAUCACUUCGCGCAAAAAGGUCGCCAAACUGCGUGCCGCAGCUUCAAACUACGAUGUCUAUGCUCUUCUGCGUUACGGUGGCUGCCCGGGGGUUAUGUAUUGUCAAGGAAGUGAAAGCGGAGUAAGGAGCUGGGUAUCCACAGUCCAGGGAUUACGCUACAAGGACUUUCAACUGGUCAAGAAGCCUGCGGCAAAGGCGGUAGAGGAAUUGGGAGGGAACGAGAAGGAUGUCCAUUAUGGGAAGCUUGAAGAAGUUGAGAGCGUCAAAGAGUUUGGGGCAAGAAUGCAAGAGAUGGGCGUAUGGGCUUGGUGGCGGAAGGGGAUGGGAUAUGUUCAUGAUGAUUGA